GGCCCCUUCGUACUCUUUGUGAAUGCUUGCGGGUGGUGCGGGUGCGGGGCCUACAGCCGCUACAAUCGGGUGCAACAGCAGCAUGGGCAUGGCUUGCGGCCACUUGUGACGGCGGCAACAAAGCGCAGCAGUGUUUCGCGUGUGCGGUUUGCAGUUGAGACCGUUGAGAUCGGUCCUGCUGAACAUGCGGACGGUGGGAUGGCGGCGCCGACUGCUUUGGCAUUGCAGGCAGCGUCCAGUAACGCGCAGCUAACGCGCACCUUGGAGCGGCUUCUCGAAGAGGCCCAGCACACCGGCGAUCUGAAGUUGAACGGCCGCAAGUUGAAGGAACUACCGUCCUACGCGGCCAAGUACGACCUUCGGGACAUAGUGCAUGCAGACUUGUCCAAAAACCGCCUGAGUGAGCUUCCCACCGAGCUGUGUGGCCUGGUGCUGCUUGAGCGUCUGGACUGCCACAGCAAUGUGCUGCGUGUUGUGCCAGCCUGCGUGGCUGCGUUGCAGGCCCUGACAUACCUCGACCUCAG